AUGGGUAUAGUUUAUCAUACAUUACAAUCUAAACAAUAAUAUCAACAAUUAUGUUAAAUCCCUGUCAAAGGAUAAAGAGAAUUUAGUUAUCAUCUUUUUCCAUCUGUCUUUAUAAAAUCUUUGAAUAUUUAGUUAUAAAAAUUUGAAAUUUGCUAAUAUACUAAGAAUCACACCUUCUCUGUUAAAUAAUACUUUAGAUUAUAGAUGGGACUUAACUAUAGAGUUCCAAAAUAAAUAUAUAAAUGGAACUUUGAGCGAUAAUGGUGA